AAGUGUGGACAGCACACGUUCUUAUUAUAAAACAUAAACAGUAAACAAAUAAUAAAUUUUAAAAUGUUUUCAAGAAGCAUAAUUAUACGCACUUUGCACAAAGGUAUCACAAACCUUUCACGACGGAAAGCGAAUCCAGGCAUAGGUCAUCAACUUGAAUUAGACGUUGACCAGCACCUAACCGAUGAUCCGGAAGAUUUUGAAAAUAUGGAAUCCGAUUUUUAUGAAGUGCACAAGACGCAUCGGCAACAUGAAGAGGAGAUGAAACAACAACGUGAACAUGUACGACAUUUAAUGGUAAAGCAUAAAUAUUUCCGUGAACAAAAAUUGCCAAAUUUGCUAACAUAUGCCGAAAAAGAACAAAUACGUCUGUUGCAUACACGCGAUCCUGAGGAAUGGUCAGUCGAACGUUUGACUGAAAGUUUUCCAGCAACUGAGGACAUUAUUAAAAAAAUAUUGAGUGCAAAAUGGCGACCCAGAAGUACCAAACGCAUACGCGAACAUGAUGAAGCAGUGAUACGAAAUUGGGAACAAUUGCGUGCUAACAAAGAGGAAAUGCAAAAAUUACCCGCUGAAUUGAGAGAACACUUAAAAAAAUUCGUAAACAGAAAACCAGCAGAUUUAAUCGACACUUACGAUAAUAUACCAACACGGUUAGAAAUACCUAAACCCAAAGGUAACGAAUUUGUGUCCAUUAUUACAACUUGUCAUAAAUAUGCAGAAAAGGAACCUGAACCGCCAGUACCACAGUUGAAUGCUCCAAAAGAAAAUAAAUUUAAGAAUUUCAAUGAAUUACAAAAAGAAGCGGAAGAUGAAACAUACCUAAUGGAUACGGUAAAGGACAAGCGUUAUAUGCGCAUACAUGAACUGAAGCAAAAAAAGUUAAGUCCUUACGAAUUGAGUCAAGCUAUGGAAAAUGAAAACACUGAGUUAGAGAAAAAAGCUGCUGAAUACUUGGAUAACACUAGUGGCACGGGUAUAUUACCUCAUAACACACCAUCAUCAGCUGUCACCGGAACAAGCGAAAGCAGCACUUCUGACUUCAAUUACGUUCAAAAAUUUGAGAGUAGUGAAAUUGUCGUUAGCCCCGAGGAUCGUCAACGUUUCGAGAUGUUUACGAUUAAAGAACGCAUAUACAUACCACGAAAGCUGUGGCGUAAAGGAGCUACAUUUAAAGUCGAAGAUUGCUACUACGAUGACGAUGGAGAGUUUUUGUAUCGUGUACCAGGCAUGACCGGUCAAAAAUAAUAAAAUUAAAUAAUUAUACAUUUAAAAUCAUUGUGAUUAGAAGAAGAAUGGAAGCAGCUUUAACAGAUUUAAAAGUAAUAUUUAAAAAAAAUAAA